AUGGAGACAAAAGAUGAAGCAGUAGUGCGCUCGAGAAGACGAAGCAUUGAUGAACCUCCCCUCAUGUCAACCAGUCACUCUGAACCUCUGAAGAUGAACUUGGCCUUGUGUGGGAGUGAUGGUGCAUUGAAGGCCUCUGUAUCAGAUCUCAUACUGGGUCAGAGAGAGUGCAGUCCAGAGUCCAGCUCAGUGUGUGUGAGGAGGGAGGGAGAAGUGUGUGGACGUCUGGUCUCUCUGGUGGAGAUGCCAGCUCUCCAGAACACUCAGCUCUCAGAGGAGGAAGUGAUGCAGGAGACUCUCCGCUGUGUUUCUCUCUGUGAUCCUGGAGUUCAUUCUUUUCUCUUCAUCAUUCCUGAGGGUCCCCUCACUGAUGAAGACAAAGGAGAAAUGGACAAAAUCCAGAGAAUCUUCAGCUCUAGACUCAACAAUCACAUCAUCAUCCUAAUCGCUACAGAGACUCGUCAGGAGGCAAUGGAGUUAGAUGAAGUAUUGAGGACUGUUACUGAAACUUGCAGAGGAGGACAUUAUUUUCUUGGCCUUGAUUCAGACGUGUCUGGGUUAAUAGACAGAGUUAGGCAGCUAUUAUUGAUGAACAAUGGAGAUCUUUUCACACCACUCAUGUGCCUGGAUGCACAGGUUGAAAUUCAAAGAAGAUACAGAAGUCAAAUAACUGAGUUGAAAACAGCAAUUCAUACUCUCGAGAGAAAGAUCCAAGGUCAUUCAGAAGAAGCAGGUGGAGAUUCUCUCAGGAUCGUGCUGCUGGGGAAGACUGGAUGUGGGAAGAGUGCUGCAGGAAACACCAUCUUAGGAAGAGAAGAUGCGUUUAGACAUUACCCAUCGUGUGUGUGUCAGAAAGAAACAACUGAAAUUAAUGGAAGGCAGAUUACCGUGAUUGACACUCCAGGGCUGCUCGAUACUCAAGCGGGUAACAUGGAGAUCCAGCACAAGAUCACUAAAUGCCUCUCCAUGGCAGCCCCAGGUCCACAUGUGUUCCUGCUCGUGCUGAGAAUUGGACAUAGAUUUAGAGAGGAAGAAAAAGAAGCAUUGAAAACAGUGCAGGAGAUUUUUGGUGAAAAGUCUGUUGCAUACACUGUAGUGCUGUUUUCUGGAGGUGAUAUUCUUGGAAGCAUGUCUAUAGAAGAAUAUCUUGACGGACCUGGAUCUAACUUUAUGAGAGUCAUUGAACAGUGUGGUAACAGAUACCACGUCUUUAACAACAAGGAGACCAGAGACCACAGCCAGGUCACUGCUCUACUGGAGAAGAUCGACUCCAUGGUGGCAGUGAAUGGAGGGAGCUGCUACACUAAUGAGAUGUUCCACCAGAUCCAGAAAGAAAAACAAGAUGAGGUGAGAAUACUUAAGAAGAGAGUGGAGGAUACCUUGAGAGAGAAAGAAGAACUGAAAGCUAAAUAUGAAGUGAAGAUAAAGCAAAUGAAGAAAACAUUUCAAGAGGAAAUACAAACACAAGAGGAGGAGUUUGAGAGAGAACAGCAACUUCUAAGAGAAAUGGUGGAAAAAUACAAACUCGCUGGUGUUAAAAGAGCUGAGGAAUAUGAAAAAAGAAGAAAGGAUGAUGAGAAAAUAUUUGCAGAGAAAGAGGCUACAAUAUUUUCCCAGAUGGACAGACUGAGAUCUGAACUUGAAAGGCAAAGACAUGCUGAUCAGAUAAAAACAGAGUUAGAGGAUACAAAACGGAGGGAGAGAGAAGAGCAAGAGAGGAGAGAAUGGGAGGAGAAACACAGAAAAGAAAGAGAAGAAUAUAUGUUUAAGAUAGAAGAGCUGAAGAGAAAAGUGCAGAGUGACGAAAAGAGGAGAGCAGAGGAACAGAAAAAGCGAAGUGAUCUGGAGGAGAGAAUGAAGCUUUUAAAAGAGGAACACUUGAAGGAGCUUGAAGAAUUACAGCAUCUACAAAAGGAGCUACAGAUCAGAGUCCAAGAGGAAGUAAAAACUACAGAAAUGAUCAUAGAAAAACAUCAGCAGGAAAUAGAGAGAAUGAAGAAGAGCACUGAGGAGGACAGACUGGAGCAGGAGACGAAAAGAAAAAAGAUAGAGGACAAAUUUAAAGAGAAGGAGUAUCAUCUGAUAGAAAAGAUGGAAGAAAUGGAAAAGAUAAUCAUUCCAGAAGGGAGACCUGCUCAACUAACACGAGCUAAUUCUAAAAAAGAUCUUGAGAGAAGAACUGUUCUGCUGGGGAAGACUGGAGUAGGGAAGAACGCUACAGGAAACACCAUCCUGGGAAAAAACAGAUUUAGAUCUUUGUACAGUCUCGCCACUGUUACAUCGCAAUGUGAGAUUGGACAGGCAGAGGUAGCAGGGAGGAAUGUGUGUGUAGUGUGUGUGUGGACAUUUCACACACACAUGUCUGCUGAUGAUCUGGCUGUAGAGAUCAGGAGAAGUAUCUUUCUGUCCAGUCCAGGACCUCACGCUUUCCUUUAUGUUCUGCCCAUGAUCAGAUUUACAGAACAGGAUGAACAAGUUUUUCAGAAAUUCAAGAUGAUGUUUGGGGAGGAGAUGAGAAAGUACACCAUCUUUCUCUUCACUCAUGGAGAGGUGUUGCAGGGAAGCAGUUUAGAGCCUGAGAUUCAAAAGAACAGGCUGGUUGAGCAGUGUGGAGGGGGAUAUCAUGUCCUUAAUAAUAAAAAUGGAGGAAACAGACAGCAGGUCACUGAGCUGCUAGAGAAGACAGAUAGAAUGGUGAAGCAGAACGAACAAAGUUACUACUCCGUUCAAAUGUUUCAGGAUUUAAAACGUUCAAGAAGUGAAAUAAACAGAGGUUGCCGUAUAAUGUAG